AUGUUAAAUGCUGAACGUCGUCCAUCAGUGGCUGAAAGAAGAAGUUCUUUCUUAAGCGGUUCAUUACAAAAUAGCAUGAAUAUACCUGUUGUUCCGCAUCUAGCAGGCAUUGAAGAUCCUUUACCUGAAACCACACCGGAUAAAGUUGAUGUUUUGAUAGCAGGCACUGGUAUGGUGGAAAGUGUGUUGGCUGCUGCUCUUGCUUGGCAAGGUUCAAGCGUCUUGCAUAUUGAUAAAAACGAUUACUAUGGGGACACCUCUGCAACUUUAACUAUUGAUCAGAUAAGUAAUUGGGUCAAUGAAGUCAACUCAGGCACUAGCUCAUUGAGUGUCUGUUACACUAAUGCUAAAUUAUACAUUUCCAAAUCUUUAAGACAUAGCAACACUUACGUAUCAAGAGAUUUCGGAAUUGAUUUAUCACCAAAAAUUCUUUUUGCAAAAUCCGAUUUAUUAUCAAUUUUAGUUAAAUCAAGAGUUCACCAAUACUUAGAGUUUCAAUCUUUAUCAAAUUUUCAUACAUAUGAAAAUGAUUCAUUUGAAAAAUUAACAAAUACAAAACAAGAAAUUUUUACUGACCAAAAUUUAUCAUUAAUGUCAAAACGUAAUCUAAUGAGAUUCAUUAAAUUUGUAUUAGUUUGGGAUGAACAACCAGAGAUUUGGCAACAAUAUGCUGAAAAGCCUAUAUCAGACUUUUUAGUAGAGAAAUUCAAAUUGGAGAACAAUCAAUUGUACGAAUUAAUAUUUUCAAUUGGUUUAUGUUACAACUUGGAUGUCAAAACACCAAAUGCAUUACAAAGAAUUCGUAGAUACUUAACAAGUUUUGAUGUUUAUGGCCCUUUCCCAGUAUUAUAUUCUAAAUUUGGUGGUCCCGGUGAAUUAUCGCAAGGUUUCUGCAGGUCUGCUGCAGUUGCUGGAAGUACAUACAAAUUGAAUUCACAGUUAUUAUCAUUUAAUCCAACUACUAAAGAAGCAGUAUUUAAAGAUGGCUCUAAGAUAAAAGUAGAAGAAAGAGUAAUAGUAUCUCCAACACAAGCUCCUUUAGACAGUAAAAAUAUUCCAAAGCAAGAAUAUGAAGUUCAUAGAUUAACAUGCAUUGUUGAGAAAUCUUGUUCGGAAUGGUUUGGUGAGGGAGAAUCCGCUGCUGUUGUAGUUUUCCCACCAAAUUCCUUAAAGUCGAAUAAUAGAACUGUUGUACAAGCUUUUAUUGUCGGAUCUGGUACUGAGUCAUGUGCCAAGGGUACCUGUAUAUGGUACUUGUCAACAGUUGAGACUGGCCCAAGAGCUGAAUUAGAUUUAGAUGCUGCUCUGGAAGCGUUAGAAAGAAGUAUUAUUAGAGAAUCAUCCACAGAUUUAGAGAAUGAAAAUGACUUGAUACAACUUGGACCAAAUGGACAAACCAUCAUUAAUUCGGUUAAAUUAGGUCAAUCAUUUAAAGAAUACAUCCCAAGAGAAAAAGUUCAAUUUUUAUUAAAAUUAUAUUAUACACAAUUUACAUCAACCCCACCAUUUGAUGUUGUAACACCAUCAGUAUUUGAAUUUUCAAAAGAAUGGCCUAAAGAUUCAUCAUUAUUAGUUCCAGGGGCAAGUGAUAACAACAUUGUCUAUACUUCAAUGCCAUGUGCCGAGAUAUCAUACGAUGAUGUGAUCACAGCUGCAAAAGUGCUGUACGAGAAAAUUGUUGGCAGUGAUGAUGAUUUCUUUGAUGUUGAUUUUGAAGACGAAGACAUUCCAACUUAUCAAAAUAAUGGAGAUGUCCAGUACCAAAACACUUUCGAAGAAGAUGAUGAAGAAGAUGAGGCAAGAGACAUGGAUAUUGUUGAAAAUGAAGAACCUAUGGGAGAAAUGGAAAUAUGA